CUCCUAGUUAAAAGUUGGCGUUUGAAAUGCGAAUAACUCACAUAGACCGUAUUUGGCACUGAGAAGAAGCAGCGCUCGACACUUAAUUCGACGUUAAAUUCCAAAGACGAAAAAUCAAGCGAUUUAACUCUCAAGUUUCCGUUGCGUGUGCAUUUCAAACAUUGUGAAUAAUCGUCCGUGAUCCGUUUUUGCAAUGGCAUCAUCAAGAUAUACACAUGCGAUUGUGUGUCGGAUACCGUUGUCGUUUCGUACGCGCGGCGAAAUUGAUUUGGAAGAAGCAAAACGUGAACAUGAAGCAUAUGUAAAUUUAUUACGUGAAUUGGGUUUGGACGUUAUCGAAUUGCCGCCGGAUGAGAAUUUUCCCGAAUGCACAUUUGUCGAAGACACAGCGGUCAUAUGCAAUGGCAUUGCAUUGAUUACAAAACCGGGCCAACCAAAUCGUUCCAAAGAAACGGAAAAUAUUCGAACAGUUUUCAAAAAAGAAUUAGAUAUUCCAAUUGUUGAAAUUGCUGAUCCAAAAGCCAAAUUAGACGGCGGCGAUGUUUUAUUUACGGGAAAAGAGUUUUUUGUCGGUUUAUCGCCAUGGACAAAUGAGGCGGGUGCCAAAGCGGUAGCGGCCGCAUUUCCCGAAUAUCCAUGCGUUCCGAUUAAAGUUACCGAAGAACAUCAUCUCAAGUAUUAUAUUUCGAUGGCCGGUACGGAUCUAUUAUGCGUUGCCAAUACGAAAGAAUCGCAAGAAAUUUUACGACGCAUCGAACGCGAAGCAACUUUUUCAUACCAAACGCUCACAUUGUCCGAAGCAAGUGCGGCCAAUGUGCUAUUUAUCAAUGGCACAUUAAUACAUCGGGCCGUACAAGAUUGUCCCAUUUCGUCGGCGGUCAUUUCGGAAAAAAUCGACGUUCCACGUCAAACGUUGCAAUUUUCAGAAUUAGGCAAAUACUCAACUGGACUUACUGCAUGCUCAGUUCUGCUGCGACGCACCAAAUAUAUUCGAAAUCUUUAAGAGUAACAAAAUAGUUCAACAAAAUCUUCCACAUUUUGGAGUGUGUAUUUUUUGAUUUGGACGGAAGAUUGUUAUCUUUCAAUGAAAUCGCGUUCAAAAGCACCAAAGAGAUUUUUUUUUCGUUUCUAUGAUAUAGUUUUUUUUUCGUUCUUGACAAAAUUCAACCAAAUUUAAUUUGGUUUUAAACUCGAAUUAAAUGAAUAACAAUACAACGCAAUUUUGUCCAACGAAAUACACACUCCAUAGAUUUUGUUCGUGCAACUCACAACACGUACAAUUCUAUAUUCAAUUCAUACAAAUAAUAGUUUAAAUGAUGUUAUUGCAAUGAAUACAAAAUCCACAAAUGCCAUGAAUUUUACUGGAUUUUGCUUCAUUUUUUUUUGGAUGCGUACUCACCAAUUUUCAGCGAUCAAAUUUUUCUAAAUUAUUGGUUUUAAGUGUGGGGGAUGUGUAAAAUAUUCUGUUUGGAAAUGUACGUACAAAUAUUUUUUAUAGAAAAUUUACCCUUUUUUUACCACAAUUUUGCCAAAUGGGUGUUCAUUUUCUCAAAAAAUAUUUGUACACACACUUCCGAACAAAAUGUUGUACACUAAUCUACAGACUUAAUCAAAAGGAUUCGAUCGAAAAACUUUGAUCGCGAAAAAUAUGUGAGUGGAUCGUGAAGUUUUUCUCUGAGUCUUGUACUCGGAGACAUUCAAAUUAAUUGCAAUCAUUCUUCGAGUUCAAUAUACUUCCAAACAGUUCAAUCUCAUGUAAUCCCAGUUUUACAGAAUAUUUCAGAUAUUUUUUCUAUCUAAUUUGUAAUAGAACAAUUGUUCGAAGUCAUUUUGAAUAUUCGCCAGAAUAAGUGAUGAGAAGAAAAAAAAUUGCAGCUAAACGUCUAUUACAGUAUUGCACAGUAUUACGAACAAAUGUUCAAAAUGACUUUGGACAAAAACAUAAAAACAUUUUAUUUAUAUAUACCAAUUUUAAUAAUUUUAGAUUUAAGAAUCUAACGCUUUGAAUUUGAAGGGCGUUCGCACCGUGUUCAAAACAGUCUUUUUUUCUCAAUGGAAUUCAUAAUUCCAUCAAACAUGUAGUUUGAUCAGCAUUUACUAUUUAUUAUAUUGUGGUUAUUAUUAUUAUUUUUUUCGGUGUGUAUUUUUUUUCGACUAUAGAACAAAUAUUUCAUUCCAAACUGAUGCAGAUCAUUGUGAAUCUCCGUUUAUAAAAUUAGCUUGUAAUUGUGCUCUGAA